GGAUCUCUUGGAGUUUUGGCCGGAGUUUUCGCUCGCAGUUAACUUCUUUUACAUCGAAAUGCGCUGGCUCUGGAUGAGGAGCAGGGCUCGCUAGAACGCCUGGCCUGGCAAGAGAACACACAGCUGAGGGGACUUUACAGAAGGGAAAAUUUAGUAACGUCGUGGCUUCGGUGAACGCAAGUCGUAAAAAGGCAGGUUUUCGGUGACGCGGUUCGCGCGCGACGGGAUACACACAUUUCGCGAAACUUCUCGCAAGGAUACCUUUCGUACGGAGCACGGGAUUCGAAUUUCCAGGGGGUUUCUUUUAAAGUAGCUCCACUCAUCGAUUAGAGAUAAACGCGGAAGGCUCCCAAGUUCCUUCCGGCUGCUCGUAACCGGAACACGUAAAUUGGCAAAUUAUGUGAAAUGGUCUUCCGGAGACGCUGUUGUUGUUGUUGUGGUGGUCCUUAUCGGGCAGCCCGGGGUGGUUGAGUCUCUGGUUAUCGAUUUGGCCCCGAUUCACGCGCGCGUCAACGCUGGACCCCCCCCAAGGGGAGCCUUGUUACAUCAGCUUCGCCAAUCAUCUCCCGCGAGGCGGGAGCAAGCUUCACCACCUCCAUGGUGUGAGUGUGUUCGGCAAUGCCAGCCAGGAAGAAGUUCUUUGAUUUAUCUCUCGGCAAUUUGCGCACCCGUGGCAAGUGCGGGGGUAUGAAGUAAAAAAACAACCAAAACUUCACAACUUCGCCCUGGCGAAGCCCGACACCGCAUCGAAACGUCGACGGGAUCGAUGAUUUAUCUCGCGAAACAAGUGUGAGUGUGUGUGUCGUGAGUUAUGGACGGCCCACCCAAAAAGUGAGCGGCGAGUGCGUGCGUUCGUGUGUUUUAAAGGGGAAGAGUUGAAAUUAAUUGGAGAUUAAAGCUAGCUGGUGGUGAUCCAGAAAACGUCAAAUUUGGGUUGAAAGUGAAACGCACGCAGGAAGACAAGUCCGGCGUGUCAAGGUGGAUAGAGCGGAGACCUCCGGUGAAGAGAUCGCGCCGUUUUUUCCUAACUUCAACGGAGGAGUAUUUUGACAGCUGACAGACGAGCGCUCCGAAAAAAAGUUCGUGCUGAUGCACAUCCACUAACCAUCAAGCAAAAAACAACAGGACCACGUGGCGCGCAGGUGCUUAACCCAGUGGAAAAUAGCGCGCUGCUCGGGCAUCACGUUGCCGUACACGUGAGACAAUUGUGAGGAUUUCUGCUGAAUACCAUCGUCGUCUUUAUUUUGGAGUUGGGGUUGGCGUUCUGAAAAAAUGAAACCCCGAAGGAAGACUUGAAAAGUGAACCCGGGAGAGUGCGCGGGGAGGUUUGGAAGAAAAAGUGUUUUUCCGCGAUUGGAAUUUGGAAAAAUAAGGAGGAAAACCUUAAAGCUCAGUUGUUGUGGUUGGGAGUGAGAAAUUUAAGCGGAGGGAAAAAAUUAAAUCAUGUCACGUGGCCAGGUGAGGUGUGGCCAAGCGCCACCAGGUGGUGUUCUUUACUCGAUGGCGGUGGCCCUCGUGGUGCUGACCUCCAGCGCUGUGCUGGGGGCCCACUGGGACCACUCGGUGUUCCUCGAUGGGGACUACCGGCUGCUGUGGAGCAUCUCCGGCAGUGACAUCACGUUCGAGGUGCAGGUCCGGACGCACGGCUACAUCGGGCUGGGCUUCUCCAAGGACGGCACCAUCUACGGGGCGGACAUCGUCAUCGGCUGGGUCGACGUGGGACAGGUGCACUUUCAGGAUCGCCACGUGAAAAAGAACGGCGACGGCCAACCGGUGGUGGACUCGUCCCAGGACUACGUCCUGCUGCUGGGGUACGAGAACCAGACGCACACGGUGCUGCGGUUCAAGCGGAAGUUGGACACCUGUGACGUGGCGUACGAUGUGCCGAUAACGAACGACACCAUGCGCGUGAUCUUCAUGUACCACGACGAGGAACCGCACGGGUCCUCGUACACGCCGGGCAGCCUGCCCGAUCCGGCCGAGGCCUUCAAGCAGGCCCGGUCGCUGUUUCUGACGCAGCGCGUGAACCAGGCGCCAAUCAAGCUCGACGCCCGGAUGAAGAUCAUGGAGCUGCGCAAUCAGGACGUGGAGCUGCCCCGGGCCGACAACACCCUGCACUGGUGCAAAAUGUUCAAGCUGAGCGAUAUCAAUCGCAAACAUCAUCUGAUUAGGUACGAGCCGGUGUUUGAUUCGGCCUCGAGUGUGCCCUACCUGAACCACAUCAUCCUGCACGAGUGCCAGGGCUCGUCACCGGAGCUGGAGAUCAUGUCGCGGGAAAAUGGGCGGCCCUGCUACCAGGCGGACCGCUCCAUCCUGACCUGUAACUCGAUAGUGGCCGCGUGGACCCGCGGGUCGGAGGGUUUUUCAUUCCCCGCCGAGGCCGGAUAUCCGCUGGACUCGAACCAGGCCCGGUUCUACCUGAUGGAGACGCACUACAGCAGCAGCUUGGAGUUUGAGGAGAACUCGGCGAGCACCGUCAAGGGGAAGGUCAUGGUGGACAACUCGGGGCUGAAGAUCUACUACAGCAGCGCGUUGAGGAGUCACGACGCGGGGGUGCUGUCCGUGGGGAUGGACCCCAACUGGAGGCACAUCAUCCCACCGGGGCAGGAACACGUGGUUUCCGAAGGGCACUGCGUUGGUGAGUGCACCCAGAAGGCGUUCCCGCGGGAUGGGAUCAACAUUUUUGCGGUUAUGAUGCGAACGCACCAGAUUGGACGACAGAUCAAGCUGAGGCAGAUUCGGUACCGGGAAGAGCUGCUGCCGAUUGCCCACGAUACCAACAUGGACUACAACUACCAGGAGUACCGGAGGUUGAACUCUCCGACGAGGGUUCUACCGGGGGAUCGCUUGAUAGCGGAGUGCAUCUACGACAGUUCCAACAGGGCGGCGAUCACCUUGGGAGGGCUGACGACCCGCGAGGAGACCUGCCUGGUACUAACCUUGUACUACCCGAGGCAGAAGGAACUGACCACGUGUCACUCGUUGCCCAGCUUGCCGACGGUUCUGCACUCGCUUGGCAUCAACGAACUGGUACCUGGUUCCAACCCGGUCCAGAUCGCGUCCCCGACGGCGCUAGCCGGCAUGACGCUCGAGACGCGGCUCAUCUCGUACGACUGGCGGCACAACUUCAAGAGCUUCCAGUACGUGACGCGCAAGGGCUCGUUCAAGCCGCUCUGCUGGAGCGCGAAGAACCAGCCGCUGGCGGGCACCGAAAGCCUGGACGGAUUCGCCCCCAACAUCACCAAGUCGUACAAGCUGCCCAAGAGCUGCAGCCCGCAACAAAAACAGCGGCGGCAAACACGGCGGCCCCAACCUGGCCAACGUGUACUUCCAGAACAGCCGGAACCGGUACGUGACCGAGUCGGAAUCGAGCGUCGGUCAGUCCGGCCUGAGUGACUCCGAUCUCGAUCCGGACCAGCUGGACGGGGGGCUGGACAACAACGUGAUAGAGGGCGCUGCCCGGAGCAAAGUAUCGCGCAGCUCGGCCACGGAAUCGAUGGGCCUGGCCCGCGGGAGUUCACUGCUGGUGGCCACCGG